UUACAAUGUUGUUUUUACUUUAGAGUGGUUUUAACUUUUCCACAAUGAAAUUAUACGUUUUACUGAUUUUUGUUUUGGCUUUAAUAACCUUGACGUUAGGUCGCGAAGGACGUGAACAUGGUCAACCAGGUCAACCUGGUUUACCGGGGGGCUUAGAUGGAAAGGGGGGUGACGGUGGUAGAGGCGGUGGUGGUUCUGAUGGCGGUAGAGGAGGUGGAUAUGAUGGUGGUAAAGGUGGCGGUUCUGAUGGCGGUAAUGGUGGCGGUUCUGAUGGUGGUAAGGGUGGAAAAGGAGGCGGUGGUUGCAACGGUGGUGGUGGUGGCGGUAGCGGCAAAGGUGGCAAGGGUGGAGAUGGUGGAAAAUGCAUUGACUAACAGUUUUUUGGAAAAUGUUUAAGUAAUUUUAAUAAAUUCCUGACAUGUCCCAGCAAAAACUACACUUACAAGAUAAGCAAAGUGGAGCUACUUACUUUUUGAGUAAACUUUUAUUCCUCGAUGUUAAAAAAUAAGUGAUUUCAAAUAAACUUACCCAACAUAACCGGAUUAUAAGCCAUCCGGGUUAUAAUGGUACUUUUUGAAUUCCCUCUAAUAUGAAAUCAAAUCACAUGAAAUUAAACAUGACCGUGAAUGUGAAUGUUAUUGAAUGAGAACCUAUAAGAAAGAACUUUUUGGUACUUUUUCCUUAUUCAAAUAGUACUUUUAGAUGUUUCUAUAAAAUAGAAUUAAAACACAAAAAAUUUAACUUUCACAGUCUUGAUUGAAUGAAAAUCUGUAAGA